AUGGGGCUUGCCAGGAACCUGGCCGGCUGCAGUGCCGCCCUCUCCCACGUGCUGCUGCUGCUGCUCCACAUUGAGGUGCUGGUGCAUUCAGGGCUGGGGGAACCAGAUCCCAAGAUUAAUGGGCAGUCACUGUUGGUGAGCACCAUGCAGGAGGAUGAGAGCCGGGACUUCACCUGCCAGGUGGACAGCUGGCAGGCCGUGCCCAUGCUCACCUGGUACCUGAAUGGCAAGAAGCAGGAGACCAAUGGUUCCACAGUGUUGACCACCUUGGCUGAGGCCUUUGAGCAGAGCUCCAGCACUUUCACAGUGACGGCGCAGCGCGCAGACAGGGAACUGAACUGCUCACUGACAGACCCGGCCUCUGGCAAGACCUCCAACGCCUCGGUGCUCCUCAACGUGCAGUUUAAACCGGAGAUCAUGACGAUGAAUGCAAAGUACCAGGAGGCCAAGGACCCGGGUCUCUUCAUGGUUCUCUUUGUCCUGGUGCGGGCCAACCCCCCAGCCAGCAUCACCUGGAUAGACCAGGAUGGGCACGUGAUGGUGAAUACGUCUGACUUCCUCAUCCUGGACACCAAGAGCUACCCCUGGCUGACCAACCAUACCGUGCAGGUGCAGCUCAGCAGCGUGGCCAAGAACUUCUCUUUCACCGCAGCCAACAAUGUGGGCAUCACCAACUCCUCCAUCCUGCCGCCGG